UUUCAGAACUGAGUUAAUAAUCGCAGGGCAGUUCAAUUAAUUUACGUGUAACAAAUUUUCCAAUCUUCUCAAUCAUCCAUUGCUCUUCGUCCCAGAAAUUCGGGUCUGUUGAUAUAAUUAUACGCAGUUCAAGAUGACGAAAAAGAGAGGAAAGAAGGGAAAACAGCAAGAGACAGGCCAGGCCUCUCAAUCCCAGCCUGCAGCCGCUAUAUCAGAGCCAAGUCCUCCUCCAAAAGCAGCGCCAGAAAGACCUCCAAGUGCUCUGUCUUCAACUUCUUCAACACCUCCUCCUACAGGAGCAGGCAGAGGCAGGGGCAGAGGGACCACUUCUGAACCACAAAUUCCAGGCAUAGGACGUCGAGCCAGAUCAACAGAUGGUCCGCCUUCUCAGGGACCACCUGGAUGGGGACCUCGACCUCAGGCGCCCGGCAGCCAAUCGCAGCAAGUGCCACAACAGCAGCCACCACCCCAACAUGGACCACAAUCACAGCAACAGGGACCUCGUCAACCUGGACCACAGCAGGUCCCGCAACAACAAGGUCCAAAACAAGCGCAACCACUGCCAUCAUCCCAAAAAGGCUCAUCACAACAACAAGGACCUCGUCAAACUCCUCAGCAACAACCACAGCAGACGGCUUCUACAAUAUCUGUGGAAUCAGUGCAGGAAGACAUGGCAAAAAUGAGCUUGAUUCCCCGUCGUAAAAAUGUAGCGAAAGCAGGAACAAUGGGAAGACCGAUUGUAGUAGAAGCAAAUGUAGUGUCACUGAAGUUUAGCCCAAACUUCAAUCCUCAUGCUGUGCACUAUGAUAUUACCUUUGAUCCUGAUAAACCAAAAUUCAUGCUAAGAAGAACCUACAACGCUAUUCGUGAAAAAUAUUUCCCCAAUCGACACCCUGCUUUUGAUGGCAGGAGAAAUAUAUACAGCAGUGGAGUACUUCCAUUUGGCGAAGGUAUGAAAGCGGAAAUAGAGGUUUACAAUCCAGAGCGUGAACAAAACAAAUCAUACAAGGUGGUCAUCACCAGAGUUGCUGAUAUUGAUCUUUCGUGGUUGCCGCGUGUUGCUCCUGGUAUGCCUCAAAUUGAGCAAACUGCAGUGCAAGCAAUCGAUGUUGUUUUACGCCAUGGGGCUGCUUCCAAAUGUGUACAGGUCGGUCGAUCAUUCUUUCAACCUCCAAAAGGACAAAUCGUAGAUUUGGGAAAUGGUAUGGAGUUAUGGGUAGGCAUGUUUCAAUCGGCUAUUAUCGGUUGGAAACCAUACCUAAACGUCGACGUGGCCCACAAAGGAUUUCCAAAAGCGAUAAAUAUAGUCGAUUAUAUGCGAGAAAUAUGUGGAUCUCGAUUCACCCCAAAGGACGUGGAAUACAGUAAAAUGAACAUUGCAAAACAACUCAAGGGGUUAAAAGUUAUUUACGAAAUUCCUGGACACCCCACAUCAAAGCGAACCCAGCGAAUAAAUGAUCUUAUGCAAAGUGCAGUGAAGAGCAUUUUCACAUUGGACAAUGGAACUAAAACAUCCGUUUACGACUAUUUCCGGAAAGAAAAGAACUAUACAAUCAAAAAUCCCGAACUUCCCUGUGUCUGGGUUGGUGGACGCAAUCGACAGAUCUAUGUACCAGCUGAGUUAUGCACAAUCGUUCCUGGUCAAGUGACAAUAAAAAAAAUGGACGAAAUACAAACGUCCAACAUGAUUAAAGCUGCUGCUACAAGUACUGACAUCCGGAAGAAGAAAAUUAUGGAUGCGUUUGCGUCGAUCAAUUUCAAUAAUGAUCCUUGCGUGAAAGAGUUUGGCCUAUCUGUCGGGGGUGGAUUUGAAAAGGUACCUGCUAGAGUGCUUGAUCCACCGGUACUGAUGUAUGACCGGCAAGUUAAAGUCAGUCGGGGGACAUGGAGAGCAUCAAGAUUUAGUAACGCCGCUGACUUACAACCUAAAACUUGGACAAUUCUUAAUUUAAACGGCAGAUAUACGAGAGAAAAUGAUCUGUACAGGCUUGCAGAUGAUUUGAGAGCAAAUGCAAUAAAAUGUGGUAUGAACCUUGGUGAGGCACUUACACCCUAUGUCACAUUGGAUCCACCAACGCGUGAUGUUCGUGGGAUCAACAACUUCUUCCAGCAAAAUAAAGAUUUAAAAUUAAUCAUUGUGGUUAUACCUGAUCGUGGAUCUGCAUACAGUAAAGUAAAGCAAGCGGCAGAACUCCAUAUCGGGGUAUUAACACAGUGCAUUAAAGCCCGAACUGUUAGUCGACUUAGUGAAGCGACAACAUCUAACAUUCUUUUAAAAAUAAAUUCAAAAUUAAAUGGUGUGAACCACAUGAUAAUGGAUAAUAAUCUCAAACCAAAAUGCCUCAUGAGACCAUGCAUAAUUAUUGGCGCUGAUGUAACUCAUCCUCCACCAGACGCCGUUGAUGUACCAUCGAUAGCUGCGGUAGCAGCUAGUCAUGAUGCAAAGGCACAAUUCAAGUAUAAUAUCAAGUGUCAGCUGCAACCACCUCGGGAAGAGAUUAUUCUAGAUCUGCAAAGAAUGGUUAAAGAACAAUUACUGUUCUUUUAUAAAUCAACUGGUCACCAGCCUCAGCAGAUCAUUUUCUACAGAGACGGAGUAAGUGAAGGUCAGUUUGCCCAAGUCUUGAGCCGAGAGCUACCGGCCAUUCAAAGAGCCUGCGCGCAAUUGAAUGCAAACUACAAACCGCCAAUCACGUUUUUGGUCGUACAAAAGAGGCACCACGUUCGUCUGUUUCCCACAGACGAACGAAAUUCUGAUGAUGCGCGUAAAAAUUUCAACGUGCAAGCUGGGACAGUUGUGGAUACUAUGAUAACGCAUCCUUCACACAUCGACUUCUACCUUGUGUCGCAUGCCAGCAUUCAGGGUGUGGCUAGACCUACAAAGUAUAGAUGUCUCUGGGAUGACAGCAAUAUGUCUGAAGACGAGAUCGAGCAGUUGACGUAUUAUCUGUGUCACAUGUUUUCAAGAUGUACACGGUCCGUCAGUUAUCCGGCACCCACCUAUUACGCUCACUUGGCUGCAUAUCGAGCGAGGGUUCACACCGAAGAGGUUCCUAUAAACAUCCAUAAUCUGAAUGAAGAGCAGCGCAAGAAAUUGACUCUUCAUCAAGGAAUAAUAGAAAAUCCCAUGUUUUUCGUCUAACAAUGGCCCGUACAGUUAUCCGAACUAGGAAAUAAACGGAGAUUUGAUUAAAGCUAUGCACAUUACCACUACUACUCUGACGGUAUCACGUCAACAAUAUUUAGCCUUUGCCACCAUAGAUGGGAUUUUGAAUUAGAAAAAACACUAAACACUAUUGAAAUCCCAUUUCCAACUUAUUAGCAAUAGUUGACUGGUUAUGGUUAUCAUUCUUGAGUUUACUCUUGUUAUACAUAAUCAUAGUGAUUGUUAAGGCCAAUUUUUUCCGCAAUCUCGAUCAUUUUUGCAAUACAAAUUUCCUACUAUUUUAUAUGAUGUGUACUAUGUAUCAUAUAACAAUA